UGUUUUUUUAAUGACAUGUAUCAACAUGUAUGCAUAAAACUUUAAUCUUUAAUCACAUAUUGUCUUCUUAUCGCAAAAAGUGACGGAGCUCUUCCUGGUCGCGCUGCCGAAUUUUGAUUUUUGUUUUUAUCAGGCGCCGUCGGCGAACGAGCGCCAAUGGGAAUGCUGCAGAAGGGGCGUGGCGCAGACGUUUCAGUGGUCGUGCGACCACACACAUGAAUUCGCCAAUUCUAAUCAUGUUUUCUUAACAAAUCGAGCUCUUUUAGUCCGUAGACUUUCACAGGCACAAUAUUAAUCUCCCGAAGAUGGGAGACGACAACGGCGACUUGAAAACCCUGGAAGCUCUGCUCGACGAGUUCUUCUCUGGCGCUCCGGCCCAACGACAGAGGGAAAUCGAGCAAAUCCUGCUCGGUUUCGGUUCCCAACGCGGUUCUUGGGGCCACUGCCUGAAUUUCCUAUCCCGGACUUCCAACCAGUUUGUCUCCAUGUUCUGCUUAACAACGAUAGAGACCGUGGUGAACAGGCAGUGGCAAGGAUUGCCUUGGGAGGAGCGAGUGCAACUGAAGGUUGCUCUGAACAGCUACACUCUUCAGAACCACAAGCACCUUCCUCCCUUUCUGAGGAACAAGCUCGUCAAGCUCGUCGUGGACAUAGCCAGACACGAUUGGCCGCACUUCUAUCCUGAGUUUUUCGACACCAUCCUCCAGCUGAUCCACAGUAGUGACCACACAGUUCUGGGUCUGGUCUUUGCACUCACCGCUUCCGAAGAGCUGGUUUCACCGAGGGAGGAUCUCAGUUCGUCUCGAAAGGACGAACUGAGAAGACUCUUGUUGCUUCAGGUGCCCAGUUUGUUCAGGGCCAUGACGGGGGUUUUGCAAAGACAACUGGAGCGGCAAAAGACGAGGACCUCGACUCCUCCACCGUCACCCACGCAUGGGCAAAUUGACUCUUGCACUGCAGAAAACUCGUCACCAUCUGAUUCUUUAUUGUUGAGUGGAAUGUUAGCUGCAAAAUUAGGCACUCCUGGACUGACCAAAUCAAACCUUUCUGACGAAGAUGACCAGGCGGUGUGCUCUCUGGCCUUAAAGGCCUUGGCUCAAUACUUGUCUUGGGUUCCUCUUGACAAUUAUCUCACUCCUGACCUGAUAAAAAUCCUCUUUCAUUACGCUGCCCUUCCUGAGCAUGUCCAGGUGUGUGGAGAUUCUCCCUCACUUGGAGUGCAGGCAAUGUGUGCCAUAAACGAACUUCUCUACAAACAAUGUGUUCCUGCCGAGUGGCAUGAUUUGCUCCUUGAAAUGUUUGGCUCAGUUUUCACCCUUCUGCAGAAGCUUCUGUCUGAUGGCUUAGAAUCUGUAGAGGAAAUCUAUUUGGAAAAAUUUUCCGAAUUUCUCCGCGUCUUUGUCACAAACCACUUGCACCGAUUUGAGGGCAACAGAAGAUUUCCUAUGUCAGAGUUUCUUAACCUGCUAUUGAGGUUCACCUUCCAACAGCCCACUUUCGAAGGACAGUUGGUCUGCCUGGAGUUGUGGCUUCAGCUUAUCAGCUACCUUUCGUCUCGGGUUCAAGAUCGAACCAUGCACAAGGAGAAUAUUUUGGAAUGGUAUAAAGAGGCUUUGUUAAAUUUGCUGUCACACGUUUUGACUAGCAUCCAGUUCAAGUACAAUCAGGCCAAGUUGGAGGAAUUGGAUGACGAGAACAUGGAUUCUGACGAUCAGACUGAGUGGCAGCACUAUUUAUGCCAACAUAUUGAAACCAUAGCCAAAAUUGCCGAGCUUUUGCCCGUUGAAACUUAUUCUAUGGUGCUGGAGGCCUGGGAAAGUAGUUCCAUGGAGUACGUUCGACUUGGAAACACGGGAGUAAACCUGCAGGAACACGAAGCCUCCCGCCUUCACUGCAUUUUGCACGAUCUCUCAUCACUGAGCCAAGCACUUGGCCGCCUUUGUGAUGGUUUGGAGACUGAACAAACUGCUGCCCUGGCAGUUGCUGAAAGACUUGCAAAUCUUGCCUCCUUCGGUGCUCAAACAAAAAUGUAUCUUCCUUUGCACUGCCCCAGCCCAGUUCUGCAACCGGACCUUCUCACUGUACAUGCCCAAGUGCUUGCUGCCCUGAAGGCAUGGGCUCCCUGGCUGGGUGAAGUUCCUUCUGGCCACAAACUGGCACUCGAAUGCAUCAGGACGGCCAUCUCGACCAUGUCUGAAAACCCUCCUCCCCUAGUGGCCCACGCUGCGGCCCACCUUUUGGUCAGUUUGACUGCCUCCCUCAGAAGUCCAGAGGUCAGCAGUUUGCCGGAAAUGCAGGCCCUCUUGCGGCAAGCGCCCAGCUUUCCCAGUCUUCCACACGAGGAUAAGAAACUUGUGCUUAGAUCUCUAGCAAACACUUUGUUGCUGCCAUGGGCUGGUGUAAUUGAACAGCAGUGGCCAGAAAGGCAAAGUGUUUACUCCAGCCUAAUAGGUGCCAUCACUGCAGACCUGCAAGGGCUGCCAAACGGGAUUGUCAGUAGGGACAAAGUCACCCACCUGGUGAACUGCUUACAACUCCUCACGGACCAAGUUGAAAACUUGAGUGGGGAAGGUUCCAACACCAAAAGGGUCCUCUCUGCGUGCGUUGCAGCUCCCGUCAGUCAGUGCCUUGAGCUUUUCCCUGUAUAUGUAAAUGUCCCAGAGGCUUGUGAAGCCCUUUUAGAAAUCUUUUUGGCUGUGUUCAAAGCUCUGCAGGCACAAUUAGGUGCUCAGUUUGCAGAGAGGAUGGCGCAGGUCUUCUUAGAAGUGUUUACAGGGGACAGAUUGACAGUGGCCGUUUUACAACUAGACUCGGGGCCGUGCGUCAUCGACAAAUUUUUGAGGAUUUUACAACUAAUAAUACAAGAGCCGAGUCAGGCAUUUAAGAGAUUUGUGCCAAGCACGAUGAAUCUCUGCAUGGACCACAUUUAUCCUUUAGUGUGCGAGCGCCCAUGUCCGGAUGUCAAAGUAGCUCUUUUGGAGCUGCUGGCUGAGCUUGUGUUGCACAACUGGCGAUUAUUCUUCAAGGGAGGGAUGCGCUGCGCUCUGCUUGGCAAAGAAAACAGUGAUCCCGAGGGAGGUUCUGUGGAGCAUAAAGAUCAAUUGCUCAGGAUUUUGAGAGCUUUUGGCCAGUGCCUUCUCCAGACUGACCCAGCUGCUUUUAAAGUCAGUUUGGAAAGUCUGGAAAAGCUCAAUUCGAAAUGCAAGCUCUACCAAAAGACAAUUUUCAAAGAAGAACUUCUGCCGCAUUUCCUAACUGUUCUUCUUCAGUGCCUCGUGGACCGCAACCAUGGCCUUUUGCAAGACGAGGUCACUGGUGCACUUUACUCCAUGGCCGCGGUAGAUUUCGAGUACUUCUACUUGAGAUUCGUUCCGAGCUUUUUAGCUGCCAAUCUCAGCAUUGACAACUCGCAGAAACAAACUCUAGCCACAAAUCUGAAGCCCGAAUCGGAUUUGCCCUCAUUUAGUCAAGGAAUCUUGAGGUUGGUCAACGACCUCCACUGCUACCAGUUGUGCAAUGCCAGUCUGCCCGAGGGUACCAUCAGAUUGUAAGAUUGCUCUUCCUAGCAUUUAAAUUCCAUUACUAUGGCAUUUAUUUCUCAAGUUCCUUUGAUACUAUUAUAUUCUCACAAUCAGCCAUACUAAAAUAGCUUGAAAAUUUAAUUAUUGUACAGGGAAAGCAGUUUUCUUUGCUUCAACAUUCCAAAUUUUAUUCGAGCUUUGUGCAUUUAUUUGCAAGAAAAAUCCUUGUGUAAAUGUGAUUUUAAUGACUGUGUCAGUAAUAAAAAAAAAUGUUUUAACCUAAGCGUCUCAAGAACCUCCACAGUCCACAUGUACACAUCCACUCAUUAAAAUGAAAACUUCAAUCGCAAAAAUAUGAAUUAAUACCACGCUCGUCGCAUAAAUUGAAAGGGAGUGAGAACAAAAUGUAAUGAGAAGGUUGCCUGCAAUGUGAACUCUUGAUUCUCAAGAGUAUGGAGUAAUUAAAUAUGGCAAGGGGUGGAUCAAUA